AUGAAGGUGGCGUCCAGGUCUGACACAACAUGGUUCGACCUACAGCAGACUCCUCAGCGGAUUCCUGCCGAAGGAGAUACCAAGGGCGAUAAGGCCAAAGUUAAGGAUGAGCCACAACGGAGAUCGGCGAGGUUAUCUGCUAAGCCUGCUCCUCCCAAGCCAGAGCCUAAACCGAAAAAAGCAGCUCCAAAGAAGAGCGAGAAGUUGCCCAAGGGAAAGAAGGGGAAGGCUGAUGCUGGCAAGGAGGGAAACAACCCUGCAGAAAAUGGAGAUGCCAAAACAGACCAGGCACAGAAAGCUGAAGGUGCUGGUGAAGCCAAGUAA